AUGGUCCUGUUAUUUUACUCACCAACUAACACUCAAACUAUUCCACUGACAGUUGUCACCUACAAGGAUCUCAGAAGUUCUGUGACUAAAACCAGCAAUUUUCUUGAGAAGGAACUGAAUGAAGAGGAUGUGCAUGCUAUUGUGAAGCAGGCUUCAUUUCAGAAUAUGAAGGAUGAUCCUCGAGCUAAUUACAAUAGUAUUCUGACAUCUGAAGUUGGGACAAGAACAAGUGAAGGGUGUUUCCUGUGCAAAGGUGAUAUUCAAAGGCGGCCGUUGGGUGGACGCCCUGGCCUUGGCGCCUCCAUCCGCUGUGUAGCCACCGGCAAGCUCCGCACCCGCUCAGCGGUUAUCGUGCCCACUCCCACCAACGUGGCUGCUGGCAUGCCCAGCGGCAAAGUGAGGUACGCAAAGCUCUCCAGCGCCGACGGCGGACAAAUUAACAGUCAGAAGGAAACUUCACCUAAAAGCUGUACUGACAUUCCUUUUAAGGCCAUUGCCUGCGCCUUCUCACAGUUUUUGGUUGGUGCUUGUCUCAUUAUUACGGGCUGCCUCCUGCUGGCAGGCUAUAUCAGCAAAGUGGGCACCAAUCGAGCCUUCCCGGUCCUGACUGUCGGCAUCCUGGUGUUCCUCCCCGGGUUUUACUACCUGAUCGUCGCCUACAGAGCCUACCGAGGCUGCCCGGGCUGCUCCUUCCAUGACCUUCCAGAUUUUGAUCACUAG